AUGGCAGCAACUCUAGUGCAACCAAGUGGAGAAAUAUGGGAGAAGAUAAGAGUAGAACUAAAAGAAAAUGUGAAUACCAGAGACAGAGAUUUACAGCAUAUGAAAGAAUGGUUGAAAAAACAACCUCAUUUGCCUGACGAAUGGGACGAAGGACGCAUCAUGACCUUUCUUCGUGGCUGUAGUUUCUCUCUGGAGAAAUGCAAGAGGAAGUUGGAUAUGUAUUUCACAAUGAGAGCAGCAUGUCCUGAAUUUUUCACGGAGAGAGAUGUCACCCGACCAGAACUGAGAGACCUUAUGUCCAGAGCACAAGGACCACCACUUUCUGGUUUGACACCGAAUGGUAGACGAGUGACGGUUUGUAGAGGGCUGGACAAGAAUUUAGAUAUGAAUCAGUUGAAUGACGCUUUUAAAGUCGCCCUGAUGAUCGGUGACGUCAGACUAAAGGAAGAAAAAGAGGGUGUAGGGGGUGACAUUUACAUUCUAGACGCUUCUGUCGUCAGUCCCAGCCACUUGGCCAAGCUAUCUCCCACAGCUAUCAAGAAAUUCCUUAUUUGCGUUCAGGAAGCAUACCCCGUGAAAUUAAAGGAGGUACACGUGGUGAAUACUUCACCAGUCAUUGAAAAAGUUGUCAACUUCGUCAAGCCUUUCCUGAAAGAUAAAAUCAAAAAUAGAAUUUUCAUCCAUUCAAACCUUAGUGAGCUGUAUAAUUAUGUGCCAAAGGAAAUGCUCCCAGAGGAGUAUGGAGGCAAUGGAGGUUCACUUUCGGACAUUAAUGAGGCCUGGAUGAAAAAAUUAGAAGAGUACACAGAUUGGUUCAAGGCCCAGGAGUCAGUUAUUGCCGUUGAAGCUCUAAGACCGGGAAAGCCAACGAAUUAUGACGAAUUAUUCGGGAUUGAUGGAUCAUUUAGGCAACUGUCCAUAGAUUAA